AUGAACUACACUGCAAUCAGGCUAAAUGACACACAUUUGCCCUAUAGCUGCCAAGCAACUGGUUACAAAGUGCGUUGCGGUCUUUUCGAGAUCCAGGAUCAACCAUCUGCAGCGAUUGGGCGUUACGAGACUAUCAAUGUCAACGUCGGCAGAUAUGAGGUCACUUCUGAGGAGAUGAGCCGUGAUUGCACUGGCCAUUAUACCUGGAAGACUUGCUCGUUCAGAUCUGCUAUCGCUGAGUCCGACAUGCUGACCUAUAACGACACUUUGGUGAAGGUGGAUACCAGGAGCCCGCGCGCUCUCAAGACUGCCGACAAUUCUGAAAGGGCGGCUAGUGAAGUCAACGCCACGGUGUCUCUGACUAUCGGCGGGAUUGGACUGCUGGCCUCAAUGAACCUCUACACGGCGAUCGGCAUGUGGGAACCUGGUAGUGACUUCCCACACACCGACAACGUCAACACCUGGCAAACAAGCCUCAUUCAGAAUGCUGAUGAUUUUCAUGCCCGCAAAGAUUGCGCCCCAAAGUGGAAAGAUUUAAUGGACGACAUUACUGCCACGCUGAACGAGCUCAUGUUCCGUACAUCGGUGGAGGCAGCGCGGAGCAUGGCUGCAGGCGAUCUAUUGGAGAGGCUUGACGCUGGCUUCCAAACCGAGUACCAGGUCGAUGGGCUCCGUAUUGAUGCGCAACCAGUAUUCCAGACUCGCUGGCCGUUCUACUGGGCCGCCGCGAGUGUGCAAGUCCUCUGCGUUCUGCUGGUUCUCAUCACAUAUCGGCACUACUGGCUGCUUGGUCGUACCAUGAGCCUCAGUCCGCUCGAGAUCGCUAGGCCUUCAAUGCGCCAGUCAUGGACACGCUGCUCAGGACGAGGUCCGGCAACGCUCUGGAUGAUCUCAGCAAGACCCGGAUCAAGUAUAGCGCUCGCGUGA